AUGUAGACAGACUGCCUACUACACACCUGAGAGUUCCUGUUCUCCCGAUUCUUCUCCAGUAUGGAAACGCAGAAAAAUAAACAAUUCUGACUCCUCUGUGGUGUCAGAGAGCAAAAACCAUUAUCUCCAGAUGUACCAAACACUGGAAAGCCUCACUGACUUAGGACAUCAGGGGUCUUAUUCAAAGUGCUCAGAUUGGGAAGCCUUUGGUGAAAAAGAUGAAGUAAUGACAGUACAACAAAGCAUAGAAAUAACAAGUGACCCGAUUCCAGCCAGCUGUUCUUCGGGAUGGAACACUCCAAGUCAGAAGCUAUCCAGCUUCUUUCUGCCUGACAGCAAGCCCUGCAGAGAUGCAGACUGCAGGCUGGAGAGCUCUACAACAUCAGAACAUUCUAAACCGCUUUCCAGUUGCCCCAGCUGGGAAGGUACAAUUGAAGAAGACAAAACAAUGACGACAUCAAACAAAAAUAUGACUGAUUCUGUUUCAAGCAACACUGGUAAUCCAGCUGAAAGAGAAACUGAUGAAGUGGUCCUGAGGAGGAGACAAAAACAGAUCAAUUUUGGAAAGAAUACCCUUGCAUAUGACAGAUACAUUAAAGAAGUCCCAAAGAACCAGCGAAUUCCGGGAGUUCACCCUAGAACUCCCAACAAGUUUAAGAAGUACAGCCGUAGGUCCUGGGACCGGCAGAUCAAGCUGUGGAAGAUAGCCCUGCAUGCCUGGGAUCCUCCUGCUGAAGAAACCUGGGAUCUGCAGCCCGUCAGUACAGAACCUUCAGGUAGUUCCCAGGAAUGGUUCUGCCAAGAUGAGGAUGUUUCUGGCUCCUUUGUGUUUGACAAAAAACAGAAGAGAAAUGAGUGUGAAGAUGAAUGUAGACAGACUGCCUACUACACACCUGAGAGUUCCUGUUCUCCCGAUUCUUCUCCAGUAUGGAAACGCAGAAAAAUAAACAAUUCUGACUCCCCUGUGGUGUCAGAGAGCAAAAACCAUUAUCUCCAGAUGUACCAAACACUGGAAAGCCUCACUGACUUAGGACAUCAGGGGUCUUAUUCAAAGUGCUCAGAUUGGGAAGCCUUUGGUGAAAAAGAUGAAGUAAUGACAGUACAACAAAGCAUAGAAAUAACAAGUGACCCGAUUCCAGCCAGCUGUUCUUCGGGAUGGAACACUCCAAGUCAGAAGCUAUCCAGCUUCUUUCUGCCUGACAGCAAGCCCUGCAGAGAUGCAGACUGCAGGCUGGAGAGGCUUAAACUUUGUAGCAGUUUACUGGAAGGACAUCAGUCAGAAUACCCUAACAGAGGGUGGGAAAGUGCAAAUGCUGAAGAUACAAUAUUGAGGAGAAAAAUCUAAAUAACAAGUUUCUCUUUGUAUAUAGAAGUAUUGAAGAAGGAAAUUCUCCUGUGACAGAAAAAGACUUGAAGAAUAGGGAUGUAGUCUGAGAUCAGCAGAUCAAGUCUUGGAAAACUGGUGCUGUCAUGCUGGAUCUGCACUGAAAGAGGAAGAGAUUUACAGUCAGCAUAUGUGCAAUCAACAUAAAGUGAAAUUAUUCAGGUUUCUCCAGAUCUUUAUAAGGAUAGAUUGUUUUCUGCAAGCUGUGCCUCAAGUGUAAAAUUUCAGAUUUCAUGAAGUCUGUGCUGCAAUGACAAUGGAUGUUCCUUAAAGCUUUUGUGAGGACAUUCCUGCUGUGCCUGCAUUGGCAGGUGACAUGUGCUUUAUAUUUCAAAGACUGCUUCAGUUUAUGGAUCCUAGCAUCAUUCCCUCUGGAGAUCUUGUACCUCAGAGCGUGCUGAUGUUUCACCAGUGAAUUGGUCCAGUGUCAAAUCAGACUGAAGAAAGCAACCUCUCCAACCAAGGAACCUCCUCUUCUCCACUGGACCAGAAUUGGACACCCAGCCUGAAGAACUGCUUCACAAGAAUGUAGAUAAUUUCAGCCUUCCUCCAGUCAUUAAUGACAAGUUGUUCAUAACUUUUGGAUUGGGUGAUCACCCAUUUGGCCUACUUAUUGUUCUCUGAGAUGUAUUAAGCUGGCAUUUGUCUAAGCGUAGGUGAGAGAAGAGAAAGGAAAGGUAGAUGGUUUAUCAAAAUCAGAUUCUUUUCUUGAAGGGGCUGAGUGUCUGGUUUUUUUGGAUUUUGCUUUUACAUGUCUUGCAGCCUGACCCAAAGAGCCAGUCUACAGUUAAAGAGUAGAAGAGGAUGUAUUCAGUGCCUGUUGUUCCUACAACAAUUGGGGAUGAAUAGCAGUAUUUGCAGGUGUGGAGCUGCUCUUAUUCAGGCUAAGGGUUGUGAUGGUAUUGGGAUAGGCUCUCCCUUUUUUUACUCUGCUAGCGCUGUAUGCAGAGCAGAAGUUUGAAGUGAGAGCUGUAGCUACAGUGGUUUAGAUUAAAUUUGUGUGCCAGUUAUAAGAAUUUUACAGCUCUUGUGUAGCAUGUACUGAGAUACCAAUGUCUGCUAGAGCUGAGAGUUGUCUCUGCAGGAGUUUGGUUUUGCCUUCUGUUGCUGUGGGGCUGGCAGUAUCCAGGGCCAAGAGCCCAUUGUGCUGCUGAUUUGGAAGUAAGCUGCUUCCCCAGAAACUACUCUCACUCCCAAAAUGUUAUUUCCAGGCAUGCUCAGGCAUUUUUCUCAGCACAAGGGUGUAUCAGUCACGCACCACAGAGUGCCGAGCGUGUGUGUACAAGGGACACAUCUGUACAGCACUUUUCUAAGAGGUACUAUUUAGAACCUUAUUAUUCCAGUCUGCAUGUUUCCUUGUGAUUUAUGAUGAUUGUAAAUAAGGGAAUGUGUUACAUUUUUGUGAAUUUGCCUUUAUGCAGAAGAAUUAAAGACUUUAAAUUUAAAAAUC